GUGAUAUCCCUCGCUUUCGCUUUGAGUUCAACGGCUCUUGCUACCCGACCAACCUCAUUCGUCCUCAUCGGCGACAGCACGACUGCUAACAACACGGUUCCUAACUCCGGUGGAUGGGGCAACGGAUUCUGCAGCUCUCUUGUACCAGGAACACCCUGCAUCAACACGGCUCACGACGGAGCUACUACCGGUUCUUUCGUCGCUGACGGAUUUUUCAACCUAAGUCUCGCCGCAAUUCAAGCAGAAGUCGCUCAAGGUCGCAGAACCCUCGUCACUAUUCAAUUCGGACAUAACGACAUGAAGAUCCCCCCUCCCGAGUCUAUGGGUCAGAACAUGACCCAAAUGAUUCAGCAAAUUCGUGCACUUCGAGGAGAACCUGUCCUUGUCACGUCUUUGACCAGACGCAUGUUCAGUCCGAACGGGACUGUCAUGGAUACAUUGGGUCCUUGGGCUGACGAGACAAAACUGGUCUCUGAGCAGCAGCAUACACACCUCUUGGAUCUGCACGGGGCUUCUAUCAAGUAUGUCGAGGCCAUUGGACGCGAUGCAGCUCAUCGUCUCAAUAGGCUGCCGGAUGAUGAUACUCACCUGAAUCCAAAUGGUACUAUAGUCUUUGGGAGAAUGGUCGCGGACCUCAUGAAAAGCAGUUUCCCUCAUCAGCUUCCUAUAAUUCCCAACCCAGCGUUGUCCUUUAACAUCUCGCACGGAAUACCCUCAUUCUGACCCUCAGAGACGUCACAUAAAAGAAAUCAAUGUAUAAUCU